AGUAUUUCCUCCCCGCUCUGUGUUUUUUUUCUUUUCACUCCGACUUAUUUCUGGCUAAAUAUUUGUCCUCAAUAUAACAUGCAUUUGUUCAGGUUUAGAAACAAUUUCCUACAGGAAAUAAUGGAAAUGUAAUGGAUUUAUCGUCAAAUUUGCAUAAUUGGCCAUGAUGUAUAGACAGGGGUGUCCAAAGUGUGGCCCGGGGGCCGUUUGCGGCACGCGGCUGGUGUUUCAUUGGCCCGUGGCACAGUCUGAAAAUACAACUUGACAAGAAAACAGAAUAUAAACAGCAAAAAUGGAAAGAACAGAAAAAAUAGAAAGAAAGAAGGCGCCUGAUCCUUUAAGUUUCACAAGUGAUUUUGAAAAAGUAAGUCAAAUAUAUUUUUGUCUAAAUGAAGGUGAUUUUAUGGUUCCCCUUUCGUAUCAUAUAGCCCAGGGGUCACCAACAAGGUACCCGCGGGCACUAGGUAGCCCCUCAUGACCACAUGAACUCAGGUUUUCAGUUAAUAAUGUGAGAACACUAGAAAGAAAUGCAUUCUGAAAUAGAAAAUGUGAGUUGUGGAUACCAGCAUUUUAUUAAUGUUCUGGUAAAACAAGCAUAUUUGGCAUAACUUCUAUUUGUGUUUGAAUUAUGAUUGGCAACAUUUUAAAUUGUACACUACUUUAUUUACCAAGCACAUCUCAAACAGUGUGGCCAUCGUCUUUAUGCUAUUUUGUGCUCAUUUGUCAUUAUAUAAAGGCAUGAAGUCUGAAUUCAACAGUUAGAAUAAAAAGCUACUGAGAUUUGAAGCAAAUAUUCUUUGACCCUUUGAGAAGCUCAAAAUCAGCUGAUAUAGCGUCACCAUCCUGGUGGCUGGAUACAGUAUGUGAUUAAACAACCACACACAAAUAGUGUUUUGAGGACAAGACAUAAUUAGUAUACUGACAACUCGAGAGCAAAAUUGUUCAGCGACACUUGGAAAAAGUUAGUACUGUAAGUACUCCAUGAACGUGAUAUCCACUUGUAGCUUUCCCGUGGAACAAAAAACGAGCUACGAACUAACCGCAUUGCUUGUUUGCUUUAAAAACAAAAUGUCACUGUGGUAAAAAGUCACAUUUGGAGUCCGAAGACAAAAAGCUAGGCGGAUAACUCUAGCUAGUGAGCUGCUGCCAGUGACAGCUCGGCAAAGCGUGUAAACAAAGAUAUAAGAUAAGUCGAGCGCCAAUACGUUUGAUAAGGGAGUGAUCAAACACGCUGGCGUCGUUUUGGCGAAGCCUGUCUCAAGCUGUCAAACUGAAUCCAUGAGGUUUUACAGACCAGUUUAUACAAUAAGAGUGUUGGCAACACUACGUGACACAGCACAAACGUAGUGUUUGCCGCCGCACGGCGUUUGGUUUUUGUGAUCGACUUUGAACGGCAUUUAUCGGCAUAUGCCGAUCACGUGUUUUUGUAUGAAAAUUGGCCGAUAUUGAUCGGUGGUCGAUCGAUUGACGCAUCCCUACUAUAAACGAUAUGUUUUUUUAUCACAAAAUGUCUUAGCAUGCUAAUACAUGGAAUUAGAAACUGGAAGUCAGCUCUGUCGCCCGUCUAUGAUGUCAUCAGCAGUUGACUCUUUGCUGACACAUACUGUACAGUUACGCCACAUGUCUCAAAAAUAUUAACACAAAACACCUUUUUAUAAUUGUUUGACAAUUAUAUAUAUUUUUUUGCUGAUUUAUUUAUUUAUUUAUUUAUUUAUUUUUUACUGUUUUCCGAUACCAUAUGGGAUCGGGACACCUCUACAUUCAUGUCAGUCCCCAAAAGAGUCUUCACUGGUUUUGUCGCUGGUCGCUUUUUGACAUGCUAUGGGCAAGGGUGUACAGGUAGUGUCAAAUUUAUUUGAGGUGAUCCCAAUGUAUUUGUGGUGGUCUCCCACAAUCUGAAUUGGAUGACCCCAGAGGUUCCAUUUUGUAUUUGUGGUGUAUUUUAUUGAUGGAUAUCAGGGGUCACCAACGUGGAGCCCGCGGGCACCAGGUAGCCCCCCACGACCACAUGAGGUGGCCGUAAGCCUGCUUUUCAUUCAGGUUUUCAGUUAAUAAUGAAAGAAGAGUAGAAAGAAAUGCAUUCUGAAAUACAAAAUGUGAGUUGUGGACACCAGCAUUUUGUUAAUGUUCUGGUAAAACAAGCAUAUUCGCUUUGUUUGGGUUUAAAAUAAGCUCUGGAAAUAAAUUUUACAAAAAUGAGUAGUUCUUGGCCUUUUUCAUUUUGUAAAAGUUGCUCUCACAAGGAAAAACGUUGGCGACCCCUGAUCUACAUGUUGGCAUCAGAGCCUAGCCACAUCCUGUUAGCUAGCAUUAUUGGAAUUACAUUCUAAUUGGACAGAAUUGCAGUCAAAUGACUCCAUGGUCGACUGUAGCAAACAUGGAAGUAUUUGCUGUUGUUGCAUGUGUGGAAUAGACCUCCAUGCAGUACUUGGUUGAAAGACCUGUGGCAGCCCGUGCAGCUGUUCCCCUUGUCAGGUAAAUCUGUCCAAGUCGUGCACACCUGGAUGGAGGCGGUGUAAAUCCCCUUGUGGCUGGCAGAGCCACUGUAGCUCAUGGCGGCUACGUGAUCAGUAUCUGUUAUUGGCGUCCACACAGGUGUUGUGUCUGCUUUAACUCGGCGGUACCGAAACCUUGGACCUCAUCAGAGGUCAUGCGCAUUGUCAAAAACCUUUCAGUUGAAAAGGCAGGACUCUGAUGGACUGCACUCCACCUUCACUCAGUGCUGAACAAGAGAGUACAUUGUUUGAUGGAGUGCAGGAUUUCCAGGUUGCACGUCGUAACAGGGCUCCAAGUCAGAGAGCAGUCCACGGGACCCGGUUUCUUCCACCACUUGGAGAGGUUGAUCAUCGAGUCCGAUGAAUUCAGUGACUGUUGCUGCGCCAUGAGCCUCAAACUCAGCACACUCCGCCAAGUGUUUGUUCUUCAAAUGCCGUAUUGAAUUGAAGCUUUUUUAACAUGCUACCCCCGCCAGAUAUUUUUAGUGGCAUGUGUUGCAGGAUGCAAACAUCACAUCACUCUCACAAAUGGCAUACAUGUUGGGCUUUUCUGCCGCACGCCUGCGCAAAAGGAGAGGGGGGCACGACAUUAGACCAGGACGCUGCACUGCACACAGGCUUCUCUGCAGGUAGUUUUUUGUGAUCGGCUUUGAAAGAUAUUGAUCGGCAUAUGCCGGUCACAUGCUUUUCCAUGAAAAUUGAUGGCCGAUCAGAGCAUCCCUACAUAUUUGUACCUCUAAUGUACCAUAUUUAACUUACAUCUAAUGUUCCGUAUUUACUUCUCAUGUACCAUAUUUACUAGGGGUGUAACGGUUCACAAGGAUGUAUUGAACCAUUUCGGUUCUGCACGUUUGGUUCGGUCCACUUGUGUACAGUUUCGGUUAUAUUUUAUGCUGUUUUUCUCAUAAAAUUUAUUGCUAGAGUGAUCUAAGCGCUUCACGCAGAACUAAAGUUCUGGGCGAAUUUCCGCACGGAUGCCUCUGAGUGUCGGACACUACUGACUGAGGGGGAGGAACGCUAGUAGCUCGCAGGCGUGACAAAUGGCAUCAUGGCAAAUGCAAGCGAGAAGCCUGAGCUGGAAGACCCUCCAAUCUCACUACGGUCUCCUGUUUGGAAACACUUUAGCUCCCCUGUGAAAAUUACGGAUGGACAAAGGCAAGUGGAUAAAUCCAAAUUUGUGCCGACAUUGUUCCAUGGAUAUCGCGUAUGCUGCAGGAAACGCAUCUAACAUGUUAGCGCACUUCAAGCGGCAUCAUCGGGAAGUGAAUGUUACAUCUACAAGAAAGAAAACCAGCUUGGUGCAAACACCGAUAACUUCAGCAUAUAAACAACCUCUAGCAAGCAACUCUAUGGAAGAACAAUGAAACCACAGAUAGCUACGGCUGUGCCUGUCCAGCGCAGGCCAUAUCAUCUUGCUACGUGCUUCACAACUUGACCAUCAAACAAGGUACUGCUCCUCCCCCCAGAGCAGAUGAGCCGAUGCCAAACACGAACACUGCCCUAAAGUGUAUUUAUUUGUUAUUUGUUAUUUAUUUAUUGGUGAUGCACAUGUAGCAGUCUGUGCCAGUGACUUGUUGAUUUGCAGUAGAGUGUUUGCGAUGUUUGUCAGUUGUUGUUUUUUAUACUUCUCUACUUCAGUUUACAGUUACAUUUCUCCACAAUGUUGAAACAAUUGUUUAAAUACAACUGUUUAUUUUAUUAUUUUUCUACUUGAAAAAACUUAAAAAAAAAAAAAAAAAUUUUUUUAAAUAUCACCCAAAUGGGUCGCUUUUAUUUAUUGAAAAAAAGUUCUGUUUGCAUUUUUUUUAAAAUAAAAGCAUUUUAAGUCUUUUUUUUUUCUGCCUUUUUUGUACCCCUAAUAUUUACAUCAUUUAAUAUACCGCUACCAUGUUUAUAUCAGAUUUAAUGUGCUUUUUUUCAUAUUUAAUGUACCCCUAAUGUACCAUAUUUACAUAUUUAAUACACAAUUCUAUAUCAUAUUUAAUGUACCCUAAUGUACUAAAUUUACCUCUAAUGUGCCAUAAUUAUUUCAUCAUUUUUAAUGUACCAGUUUUAUGUCAUAUUUAACAUAUUUAACAUACCUCCUAUUUAUUUUUUUAUUUAUGUAUUUUAUUUACCUCUAAUGUGUCAUGUUUACAUCAUAUUUAAUGUGUUACUCGUAAUGUAGCAUAUUUGUGUCAUGGUUUAUGUAACAUUUUUAUAUUAUAUUGAAUUGACCAUAAAUUUGACCAUAUUUACAUUUUUAUAUAUAUAUAUAUAUUAAUGUUCCGUAUUGACAUCAUAUUUAACAUAUAUCUAAUAAUACCAUAGUUACGUCAUGUACUGUAUCCAAAUGAGCGAUGUACUUUUGUAAAUAUUUUUAUUUGAUGAAAAUAUGUCAAGGGCAGCACAGGUGGCCUAGUGGUUAGCAUGUUGGCCACACAGUCAGAAGAUCAGGAAGACCUGGGUUCUAAUCUUCGUUGGGCAUCUCUGUGUGGAGUUUGCAUGUUCUCCCCGUGCGUGAGUAAGUUUUCUCCGGGUACUCCGGUUUCCUCCCACAUUCCAAAAACAUGCAUGUUAGGUUAAUUGGAGACUCUAAAUUGUCCAUAGGUAUGAAUGUGAGUGUAAAUGGUUGUUUGUCUAUAUGUGCCCUGCCAUUGGCUGGCGACCAGUCCAGUGUGUACCCUGCCUCUCGCCUGAAGUCAGCUGGGAUAGGCUCCAGCAUACCCCCGCGACCAUAAUGCGGCAUAGAAAAUGGAUGGAUGGAUGGAAAAUAUGUCAAACAAGUGUGUAAAUAGAAUGGGAGGGGCAAAUUAAAGCACUGUAGUAUUUGAGGUGGCACAUGAAGCAGAAAGUUGAUGGAUGGGAGGUGGAGAUGAUUGGUAGCAGAGAUAUAGCAAGAUAAACGCAAGGGAGCUAGCUGAUGUGGGCAACUUCACAUUUGAACUUUACUUGUAUUGUGUACAUACACCCUGUGAGGACAGUUCCAUGUGCAUAGUGUCAGUACUAAAUAUCCAUUACCCUCCAAAAACAGCCCUUUUUAAAGUAUGAAAAAAACGUAUUACGACACAUUAAGUUAGCAUUAGGUACAUUAAUUAAUCCUACAUCGACUUUCUUUAUCUGCCGAUUAGCCGACUCUUUGUUGCCGAUACGCCGCCGAGUAUUGUGUUUGCGUGCGCUGAUAAGGCUAAUGGCUGCGCUAUAAUUGAUUUGAGAUACAUCCUCAGCUGUGCUCUCGUCUUAAAGUGGCACAAAUGCAGCAGGGUGGAGGUUUGACUGUCAAUGUGAAGUCGCAGGGGCGCUUCGAGGAGCUCAAAUUUUAAGGCCCCCACCUCCCUAUAGGUUUUUAUGUAUGAUGCAUCACGAAAGUAUUCACAGCACCUCUAUGUUCAAUAUUUCCAAAACAAAACAAAACAAAACAAAACAAAACAAAACAGAUGGCCAGCUGCUCGAAUGCAAGCUCAUCUUCAAUGAAUCUGAAAAUGCUGGAACAGGUGGUCCACUUUUAUUCUUCUAGCAAUAACACACUGGCACCAUGAGACGGACCUUCAUAUAGAUGGCCCAUUCUUCUGUUCUUCUUUGUCUAAAUACUCAAUACACACACACACACACACACACACACACACACACACACACGGGGACAUAACUAAUUUCAUGCAGUUUUGUCUUUGUGUAACAUUUGUUGUUUGUACAUGUAGUGGGUGUUUUCUAUCAGGCCUGUACUACAACACUAUUCAUAUUUUAUACAACGAAUUUUGGACAGGAGGGUUUAGUGACAUUUAAGAGACAUGAUUUUUUAAUUGUCAUCAAUUAUUCACUGCCCCUCUUUCCUUUUGUGCUUCACCAACUUUUCAACCUCUUUUGUGUGCUCGUACGCCUUUACAAAGCAAAUGGUGGAAAUAAACACAAUCACUUCCGGGGUGAUUUAUAUAGUAACAAUAUUAGAAUGUUACAGUAUAAUAAAGGGUAACUGUCAGUGUUUUGCGCUGUAUUCAAUGUCUCAAUAGGAAAUAACCUAAAUAGAAAUACAGGCGGUCCUCGGUCUAUGUAUGGGUUCUGUUCCAAAACAUUUAAGUCACUCACACUGCACACAGAACACAAUAUGAAGGACAUAUAAAAUACAGUAAUAACAAGAUUUAAUACAAGAGUCAAAUGAAACAGUCAUAAAACAAGAGAACUCCUUAAUUUUAUCCCUGUGGUUGUCUUGCACACUGAAGGGGCGUUGCAAGGGGAGGAGAGACAAUCUCGAUGAGGAGACCAUUAGACUGCUUAUUUAUCACUGUCCAUUUCAUGGAAGCACAUCCUUUCACAUGUUCAAAGAUAGCAUCUUUGUCUUUCAUGAUGGUUGCAACAUUUGAGCGGCUUGGACUGGGCAUGCAGUUAUUGCUGACUGAGUAAAGAACUCAAAAAAUGCACUAAAAUGAGCCAUUUUAAGGAAAGGUCCAAGCAGUUGAUGUUUCCAAAGGAAGAAAAAUCAUGAGCCAAAGAAGAAUUAUCCGUCUGAUGCUAAUUCAAAUAACAACCGUACGACAUUUCUUAUCACUACUGGAAAAUUACAUUGUUUGUAUUCAUUCAUGAUCCAACUGUGUUACUGUCACCUGCUUUAUUAUUUAUUAUGAUUGCUAUAUGAAUUAUUUAUGGUGAAAAAACCUUGACAAAUGUAUUACCACAUUGUUACAUUGCUUCAUCAUUUGCCUGUGUAUUAACUGGAAAAGACUGUAUUUGGAAUACAGGAAGUGAAUAAAUGUAUUGCAAUUGAUGUGGAAUGGAUGGGGGAUAGAAUUGAAUAAGCUUAGCUUCUUUCUACUCCUUUUGGACAUGUGGAACUGUGAAUUGUAGUACGGGAUGUAUUACACUGUAGUGUGUAUGCAUGUUCAAAUAAAAUUAAACCAUUACCGUUGCUGGUUGGUCGGCAUUUCGCCACUUUUUGAGCAUUUUAACAUCUUUUUUUAUUUUAUUUAGAUUUUUCAGUAGUUUGUGCACACAUGGGGGUAACGACACAAACAAAGUUGGAUUUGACAAAGUGUAGCUGUAGAUUUGUCCUUAAUAAAUAUAAUGACAUCACUACUAUCGAGGAAAAGGCUUCUUGAGACGUCAUCUGUACUUCUGUGAAGAAGGUGUUGGACGUUUCGCUCCUCAUCCAAAGAGCUUCGUCAGCAAACUAAUAAGUGCUGGUAGCCUAGGCCUUAAAUACAGUAAGAGUGGGCUGAAUUGCGCAGUGGUUCUCAACACAUUGGACUAUGAAGAAAAAAUAAAAAGUCUAAUUAGUGAUGCCAACACAUAUGAGCAACUUAAAAGGGACCCAUCCAGUAGGUAUAAGAAAGAAAUCAUAGACUGUCUCCAAAAGUUAGAGAAGGAAGAACUAAUUGACAGACAGAUGUAUCAUAGGUUAUACCCUGGGGAGGCUACACCAUGUAUCUAUGGCCUUCCAAAAAUUCACAAGGAAGGGUUUCCCCUCAGACCUAUUGUCUGUAGCAUUGACUCUACCAUGUACAAUGUAGCUAAAUAAGUAAGAACAGUCUUAUCACCAUUGGUAGGCAACACUGAUCAUCAUAUAGAGAACUCAAAAGGGUUUGUGGCGAGCAUCAAAGACCUCAGAUUGGAGCCAGAGGAAACUUUGGUAUCUUAUGAUGUGACUUCACUUUUCACAUCUGUCCCCACCUCAGCAGCAGUCUCGGUGGUGAGGAAGAGACUGCUCGAGGACUCAACUCUGCAUCGGAGAACAAAACUUAGUGCUGACCACAUCUGCCAAUUAUUGGAAAUUUGCCUUAACACUACAUAUUUUCAGUUUAGAGGGAAAUUUUACAGACAAAUUCAUGGUUGUGCUAUGAGCUCACCAGUCUCACCCAUAGUGACGAAUCUGUACAUGGAAGAGAUGGAGAAACAGGCUCUCACAUCCUUCUCAGGGACAAAACCAAGGCACUGGUUUAGAUACGUGGAUGACACCUUUGUCAUAAUCAAAAAACAGGAAAUUCAGUCUUUCACAGAUCACAUCAAUGCGGUGGACACCAAUAUCAAAUUUACUCGCAAGGACGCUAAAGAGAACCAACUAGCCUUCUUAGACUGCAAGUUAAUUAUAAGAGAGGACAGACAGCUACUUACAGAGGUCUUUGGAAAGGCCACACACACUGACCAAUACCUGCUUUUUGAAUCAAACCAUCCACUACAACAUAAACUAGGGGUUAUUAGGACCCUCCAACAUAGAGCGGAACAAAUACCAACUAGUGCUGAGGGAAGGAAAAUGGAGACACAACAUGUCCAGAGAGCGCUCUCAACCUGUGGGUACCCGCGGUGGGCUUUUAACAAAUGUCAAAAGAAGAGAGUAGGGAAAGAAACCCAAAAGCCCACAGAAGUAAAAAGGAGAGGAGUGGUAGUCCCUUAUGUAGCGGGGGUCUCCGAAAAACUCCAGAGGAUCUUAUGGCAACACAAAAUUCCUACCUAUUUCAAACCAGUAAAUACCCUGAGACAAAAAUUAGUGCAUCCUAAAGACAAGGCUCCAAACCAAAAACAAAGCAAUGUGGUCUAUUCCAUUCACUGUAAAGAUGAGGAAUGCAAAGAGCACUACAUUGGGGAAACUAAGCAAAUGCUCCAAAAAAGGCUUUAUCAACAUUGCAGGGACAAUUCGAGUGGUCCUCAAUCAGCAGUACAUCUACACCUUAAAGCAACCAAUCACUCUUUUCAGGACAGCGAGGUAAAGAUUUUGGCCAAAGAAAACAGAUGGUUUGAAAGAGGAGUAAAGGAAGCUAUUUUUGUCAAACAACAGAACCCAUCAUUGAAUCGGAAUGGUGGUUUGAGGUUUAAUUUGGACCCUGUGUUCAGCAGGUUACUGAGACCAAAACCCACAGCUCUUAGUCUUGCAAAUGAGGUGGAGCCAGGGCCGAGCCAGAACAAUAGAUGCUAACGAGCCAGUAUCAGAGUCGUUCAUACCCAACUCAGGGAGCAACACUUCUCUUUUAUCGGAGGUGCUAAUGUCAGGAGAGGAUUAGACCACUACUCCGCCCAGGCUUAGUGUAAGGAACCAAUAGGAGGAGGGUGUUGGCACACCAAUUCCGCCCACUCUUACUGUAUUUAAGAAGUCCCACCCGAUCGACGCCAUGUUUGUUUCCAAGUAAGCUCAGGGGAAGUUAGAACAGGCCGUUUGCAGCACGUCACAGAAAAAGACCGCUUGAUUUGCUCAUGCUAACCCACCUUACAGUCCAGGAUUUAUCGGUUUGACGUCAUAAUUCCUCAUAUCAGACCGAUACUUUGUGCACCCUUACUAUUUUCACUUGGCUUUUCAGUUUCACUUUUCUUUUCUUUGAUGUAAUGCCAUGAGAAGAGUCUGCCUCACGCUUGGGAGACAAAAUGAAGGGCAAAAAGUUAACACAAAAAAACCAAAAGUGAUAUUGUACUUCGUCAGUGCAGUGACGCGCGACUACAAAUUCUUCUGCCUGCGUCUUCUUCCACCGCACGCAUGUAACAAGUUCUUUUUUUGUGUGGACAGUAUUAAUAAUUUAUGGGAAUGCAUGUAACCACCAAACAUCGUAAUAUGUGGGCCGCAUGUAUCUAUUUGGAUUUGUUCCUGGGUAAACUGUUGAUAAAAUAUAGAAAUAAAAGUUGAACUCACAACAAUCCAAAUGUUUUACAAAUGAAAUAGUCACACUCUUUAUGUUUUUUUAUUUAAAUUGAAAUAAAAGUAAAAAUUGCACUCCAACCCAAUUAAAAAAAAAAUAAAAUAAAAUAAACACUAUAUUCAUUCAUUCAUUCAUGCAUUAAUUCAAUUAAUAUUAAAAUUUAAAUUGAAAUUUAAAAAAAUGCACUUCAAACAAUAUUUAAAAAACAAAAAUAAUACAAAUAUAAAAAAAUAAAAUUAAAUCAUAUUUGUAGUUUAAAUUAAAAAAACAAAACAAAAUGGUGAGUGCUAGGGGUGUCACAAGAGCUCGCGUCAUGAGGUCUUGUGAGAUUAAAACAUGACAAGAUUUCUAGUUCAGAAAAAAAGGUCUCAGGCACUAAGCCUGGGAUGAUUAAUGAAUAAAUCACACAGUAAAUGAAAAUUAACUUGAUAGUUUUGCCGGUCUUAAUAUAUUGCCAUGUGCCUGCGUGUCCCUUUUCCUCGUCUCUCGCCUCUCACAGGCAGGAAGAGAGUUCACUCUGUGCAUUGGUUUCAGCAUCUUGGCGUGUUUGUUGCAUAGAACAAGGGUAUGAACAGGUGAGCCCUUUUGUCAGUCAUACAGUCUCUUUGACUCGCUGGGUGGAGGCAGGGCCGCUAGCAUACACACAGUGUGCAGAAGAGUGUAACUUAAAUUAGUAGAUUGCAAUAUAUGUCAUAUUUUUUCAUUGUGCCUUUCUUUAAAGUAGUGUUAAAAUCUCAAUUUGUUCUCUCAGACCUAAUCGUCUGUAUUGUCUUAUCUCGUGAACUGAGUGUCUCAUGACAGCCGGCAUUGCCGGACACUUGCCUCUCUCAAAAGUCGCCACCUUGACUAUGUAGCCAACAGGAGGGACUAACUCGAGUGGUUGCAAAGUGGUUCACAAUUAGAAAGGAGCGAAGAAGAAGAAAAGGAAAUGGAUUGAUAAAGGAAUGCAAUCUUUAUUCACUGUAAAAUCUUAACAUUCCUGACUGUCAUGCAGGUGUAACAAUAAGUGAACCUCUUUGAAGCUUAACAAUAAAUCAGACUAGUUUACCGCUGAUGACUGUGACUCGUCUUAUUGCGUUGUUUUACUCCUGUUGAUGCUGCUGCUGCUUCUUCUUGAAUAAGUGUCCCGCCCAAAAAGCCAAAGAUAAAGCAAAACACAUUCAGAGUUUAACCUUUGUUGCUGACUGAGGUGAGGUCUUGCGUGAUGUCAUGCAUGAGCCUUCAUUGUGUUCCACCUGAAGUAAAAAACAAAACAAAAAAAACAUCUAAUGGAUUUAUAUAAUCAUGAAAUGUGGAAGCAGUGUUUGAUGAAGUUGGCUUUAAAAAUGAGAAUUUUGGAGGUUUUUUUUUGGUUUUUUUUGCUGCCAUGCACCAUCCACUUCACAUCCUUUGGUAACCGUCAUUUUUCAUCCUUGACAAUAGCGCCGCAAAGCAAAUGUGUGCAAUUAUGUAGUUUGGGCUAAAGAUAGAUAACUGUUAUUUUCCUCACCUCAGAACAAACUCUGUUGUUGUGCAUGCAUCUUCUAACCACGUGCACCCUCUGACCCCUGUGCACGAACAGUGCAGCCUCUUACAUCCAGUAACGUAAAGAAAAGUGGACUGGCACGCUCCGCACGGAGUUUUAAUUUGUUUCUCAGCCAAUUUAAAAAUAUCACAGAGGUCUCAAAGUGGACUGGAGGAGCCUCCUGCAUUCCUGAGCUCGCCAAGGAUGCUGGUUGCUUUUCUCCAAAGUGCGUUCUUGCAUUCCUGGCCCACAGUGGGACAGUGCGGGCCAGAUUCUUGAAGCGGCGGAUGAGUCGCCAGGCUGACGGCCAAAGUGAAUUUCAAGAACGGUUUAGUGAACGCCAGUGAGCGCUUCACUCUUUUUGCUGGGCCUGAUUGACGUUGUGGACGAGAUUGUCAUCGACUUGUAUUUGAAUAUGCUCUAGUGCUUAUACACGCAAAGAAAUCCUCCUCUGGGUUUGCCUUAUUUCCUUUCAUGCGUUUUUUUCCAUCCCAGCAGCAGCCUGCUUUGCCUGGUAAACAUCUUUUCAUAGAUACAGUAUACUAUAACACCAGCUUUGAUUCAUACUCUUUAGAAUCUUGUUGACUUUGUAUUAUCAGGAACGGGACUAAGAAAGCAGAUUACCCUCAAUAUUUCACAGAUGGAAAUGCCAAAAAUGAUGAUAUGAACAAUGUAGUUGAAAUGUUUAAUAACUACUUUGUAAAUAUUGGACCAAACCUGGAAGAAAGGAUCUUACAUUUCUUGUCAGCGGAGGAAGGGAAUUCAGUUAGUCAGGAAUCCGAACUCCAUGUUCCUUACUGGUGUGACAAAAAGGAAAUCAUUGAUACGGUCAAUAAAUGCAAAGCAAAAACAUCAACUGAUUUGUAAUGCCAAUUGAAAUGGAAGCGAUAACAAAGGUCAAUGAGAGAUCACAGAAUGGCUGACGUACAUCAGUAAUUUAGCAUUUCAGACCGGUACAUUUAGAAACAAAAGGAAAAUAGCUAAAGUACUACCUAUCUUCCAAACUGAAGACAAACGUCAAUUCACAAACUACCUACCACAAUUAUUCCUUAUUACCACAAUUUUCUAAAAUCAUUGAAAAGCUAUUCAACAACAAAUUGGACACAUUCAUAAAUAAGAAUGACUUACUCGCGGACAGCCAAUACGCAUACAGAGUUGCCAUUUCAACUUCCAUGGCACUAAUAGAAAUAACCGAGGCAAUUACCAACACUGUAGACCAUAGAAAAUGUGAAUCUGCAGUAUUUAUGAAUUUGACAAAAGCUUUUGAUACAAUUAAUCACAAUGUCCUAAUUAAAAAAACUAGAAAGGUAUGGAAUCAGAGGGUUAGUUCUGAACAGGGUAAAAAGCUACCUAGCAAACAGGAAGCAAUACGUGAAGCUAGGAGAAUAUACAUCUGAGAGCUUAAAUAUAUGGUGCGGCGUACCCCAGGGGUCAAAACUGGGACCAAAACUGUUGUAUUUGUACUUUAUUUAUUCCACAGCAGGGAAAUUCACUAGUUCAACCUAUACAUAAAUGACACCUGUAAAGUUACAAAAGACCUAAAGCUAGUAUUAUUUGCAGACGAUACUACUGCAUUUUAUUCUACAGAAAGCACACAUGAGCUUAAAAAAAGUCACAGAUGAAUUGACUGUACUGAACUGUUUUAAUUAAAACCAGAUUAUCUGAACCCAAGUAAAACUACAGUAAAGUAAUGCUAUUUGUUAAUUGCAAAAAGGAUACUUAUGCGUAAAUACAAAUUGAUGGUGCGGACGUUGACAGGAUGAACAAAAAUACCUUUCUGGGGGUCAUAAUACUUGUAGGUGAAAAUAUGAGCUGGAAAUUUCACAUAAAAAAUAUACAUCAUAAAUUGGCAAAAAAAUACCUCAAUACUGAAUAAAGCAAAAUCACUCCAUACACUCUAUUGUUGUCUGGUAUUACCAGAGCUAACUUAUUGUGUAGGGAUAUUGGGAAAUAACUAUAAAAGUACACUUUGCUCACUAAAUGUACUACAAAAAGAUCAGUUAGUAUAAUCCGUAAUGCUGCUUAUAGAGAGCAUACAAACCCUUUAUUUCUAAAAUCACAAUUAUUAAAAAUAGAUGAUCUAGUAAAUUUUCAAACAGCUAAAAUCAUGCAUAAAGCAAAACAAUAACCUAUACCCAAAACCGUAAUACAAUUCUUCUCAACAAGAGAGGAGAAAUUACACGUUAGCGAGAACAACGCGAAAAACCUUUAGCAUAUCAGUAUGUGGAAUCAAGUUAUGGAACGGAUUGAGUCAGGAACUCAAACAAUGCACUAAUAUGAGCGACUUCAAGAAACAGCACAAGCGUUUGAUGUUUGCAAAGUACAGUACAAGGAAGAAGAGUCCUGGACCACUGUGUAAAUACAAUGCUAUGUCUAACCACUACUACAUUAUUACAACUCUUCAUUUGUUUGUGAGUACAUGGUCUGUACUCAAUCAUCAACCAACUAUGUGUCUGUUAACUAUUAACCCCAUCAAUUAUUAUAUAUUUAUUAUGACAGUUCUAUAAUUUUAUUUACAUUGACUAUAAACUUGACUCCUAUAGUACCACAUUGUUAUACAGCCUUAUCAUUUUCCCAUGUAUUUAAAAUUGGCAAAGAGUACAUUUGAAAUACAGGAAGUGAACAAAUGAUGCGAAACGGAAAGGGGGUAGGAUUAAAUCAGCUUUGCUUCUUCCUACUCAUGUUUGGACUUGUGGAACUGUAACCAAUGUAACUUGUAUGCAUGUUAAAAAUAGAUGAAAGCAUUACCAAUCUUUUCCUACCUGUUAAUCUGCACUCUCAUUCCAUGAUCCUGACCUGACUUUUACAAAAUGGUUUAUAGAUAUCAAAAAAAGAACAGUACAGUGGUAUCUCAAAGUUGUGCAUAGUAAGUAAUCUACCCCACCAAGCCUGUGUCUCAAAUGCAAUACUUCCAUCAGUGCACUUCAAUAUGUAUGCUAUGCACACUGUGUACUUAGUCCCUGAUGGAGCUAUUUUUGACAGUCUCGUGCUGCCCCAAAGCUAUGACUGUCGUUGCAGGCUGACCGGAAAUGACAAGCAUAAUAUUUCCCCAUUUCCUCUUCUUCUUCUUCUCCAUUUUUAAUUGUGAAUGGCAACCACUCGAGUUAGUCCCUCCUGUUGUUGGCCACAUAGCUUAGAUGGUGACUGUUGAGGGUGGUAAGUGUCCAGCACUGUGCGCUCGCCAUUAUUUUUUUUUUACUUGUAAAGAAUGAUUUAACUGUGGUUUUAAUCGUAUGUGUUUCAUUUUUUAUUUUUAUGUUUUAUGAUUGUUUUGAGUGCAACUUUUAAGUUUAAAUUCUAUUUCAAUUUCAUUUUUAAUUUUCCAAAAUCUAUAAUUUUGAA